AUGGCAGAAUCUAUUGGACCAAUACUUCAUGUGAUUGUCGUCGGAUUUCAUCACAAAAAAGGAUGUCAAGUAGAAUAUUCAUUUCCUCCUUUGGUGCCCGGAGCUCCAAAUGAAUGUCCACUAGGUUGGAAAUAUUUGCCAACUCUCGCUUUACCAGAUGGAUCUCACAAUUAUGAUGAAGAUACAGUCUACUUUCAUUUACCGAGUUUAAAUGAUGCAAAACGUACAAUAUAUGGUAUUUCAUGCUUCAGGCAAAUCCCAGUUGAGAAAUUGAAAAACCGCACUUCUGAUAUAACACGAGGAACUGUUCAAAAAUCUGUAUGUGUAUUAAGCACGUUACCGUUGUAUGGUCACAUUCAAGUUAAAAUGGCAUUGAUAACACACGCAUACUUCGAAGAGGGUGACUUCAGUAAAGUAUCGUUACUGGAAGAUACUUAUCAUCAUCUUAACUCUUGUAUGAGCAGUGAAAGUCAAAUACCACCUCAAGUCUUUGUUGGUUUAUCAGCAAGGGACUUCAUUUUGCAAUUCCGUCAUAAAGUUCUUUUGUUAUUUAAACUACUUUUAUUAGAAAAAAAAAUAGUUUUUUACCAAUCACCAGUACAACCAUUAUGUGCAGCAAUAUUAACGCUACUUUCGCUAUUUCCUGGAAUGAUUGAACAUGGUUUACAACAAGCUGCAUAUGUUAGACCGUCUAGGCCAAUGUCUCCUAUACCUACAUUUGACGAAGAAGAAGUAUCAGUAAAUAGUAUUGAUAACAAUGUAUUGUCUAUAAAUUCUGAUAAAGAUACAGACCCAGUGAAAGAACAUGUUAACGGUAAUUCCAAUAAACAUUCAUUGUGUAUAAAUGAUAAUAAAGCUGUCGAAACCAUGGAAGGUAAAUGCAUGGAUGACUUUAGUAACUUGAGCAUACAGAAAAAUAACAAUGAAAAUGAAAAUUUAAAUAUGAAAGUUAUCGAGGUCGAAUCGGCACAAGAAUGUACUGAAUCAUAUGCGGAGGAGAAUAAUUCUAUGUAUCCUGGCAAACCAAAUGAUUUUGUACACAGAGUACAAAGUGUAAAUACAAUUACAUUAGGUACAACAGAUACAGAUAAUACUUUGCCACGUGACACAAGUAACGAUGCACUUUCAGAUGCGCGUUUAACAAAUAAUAUUACACAGAUUGCUCAUAUAAAUCCAGAACUUUGCGGUAUGCCUUUAAGUCUGUUUACAAAGGGUUAUCUAUGUCUACCAUAUCUAUCGUUACCAUAUCUAGAUCUUUUGGCAGAUGUUAAUGUUAGAGGAUAUAUAGUGGGAGUGACAAAUGUUUUAUUUAAGCAAAAAAAACAACUUAUCGAUGUAUUGGUAGAGGUUGAAAAUACACGAAUAGAAACAACUGAUCCAGAAUUAAGGCGACAGCUGCAUCUUACAACGGAGGAUCUAAGAUUUGCUGAUUAUAUAGUUCGACACGUAGCUGAACCUCGUAAAGAUAUUUUCUUGGAUGGUGUAGGAUGGGAAGGUGGAGACGAAUGGAUCAGAACUCAAUUUCGUGUCUAUCUAUUGAGUAUGUUGCGAACAUCCAUGCAACAAGAUACUCGUCAAUCUGAUCAUUACAACUCUGCAUUUAUUGCCGCUUGGCGUACUACAAAUAACUACAAAGCGUGGAGUAAUUCCAAUAAACCAGAAAUCGAUAAUGUAGAACAUGGUCAUCCAUUUGCGGGGCAAUUAUCAGUACAAGAUAUGAAAUUACGAUUAUCACAGUGGAAAAUAUGUGGCGGUGCACUUUCACAAGCUAAAGGAGCUUUUUCUAAUUGGUGGAGUACAUUGACUACUGUUCAACCAGUUGAGGAAGGAAAAGCCGACAAUCAAACUUCAAAUAUACAUCAAACACUUACAAAUAUAACCAAUAAAACUACUAUAAAGGACGAAGAAAUGAACGUAUCUACUAAUAACACAAAUUUAGAAGUUGUUCUAGAUUAA